CGUUGACCGUCAUCGUUCUGGUUUAGAGAGAAACAAAUCGUUCCUGUAUUUUAGUACUAAACUUUUUACUUUAAAUCGACAAAAAAAUAGAACAACAUGGGAAAUGCUGACACAAAGUUAAAUUUUCGAAAAGCAGUUGUACAAUUAACAUCAAAAACACAGGUGAUUGAUGCUUCAGAUGAUAAUUUUUGGGAUCAAUUUUGGUCUGAAAAUGUGACUAAUGUACAAGAUAUUUUUACUUUAAUCCCUGCACCUGAAAUUCGAAUACUAAGGGAAGAAGCUCCUUCUAAUUUAGCCACAUUGUGUUACAAAGCAGUGGAAAAAUUAGUAAAAGCAGUUGAUAAUAGUUGUAGAACCCAGAGAGAACAACAAACUGUUUUAAACUGUUGUCGCUUGUUAACAAGAUUAUUACCAUAUAUUUUUGAGGACCCUGAUUGGAAGGGAUUCUUUUGGUCCAGUUUACCUGGUAAAGAAGAUGAAGAGAGUAUACCAUUGGCUCAUUCGUUACUCAAUGCUCUUUGUGAUUUACUAUUUUGUCCUGACUUUACAGUAGCUGCAAAUAGAAAAUCUGGCCCUGAUAAAGCAGAAGAACUGCAAUCUAUAGAUAGUUGUGAAUAUAUCUGGGAAGCUGGUGUGGGAUUUGCACAUUCACCUCCUAGAUAUCCAAUUUUAGAUUCGAACAGAACAGAAUUAUUAAAGUUAUUACUCACUUGCUUCAGUGAAAGCAUGUAUGAUCCUCCCUUGGAUUUGUCAGUGACUCCAAACAGGUGGAUUCAAUAUUUAACUAGUUCUGAAAAUAGACAUGCUUUACCUAUGUUCACAUCAUUGUUGAAUACAGUAUGUGCAUAUGAUCCUGUUGGACUUGGAGUGCCAUACAAUCAUUUAUUAUUUACUGAUUCAUUAGAACCAUUAGUUGAUGUUGCAUUACAAAUCCUUAUAGUAACACUAGAUCAUGAUACUAGUGGUGGUACUCCAUUAGAAGAAGGAAAUAUUGGAGAUAAUUUAUUCAUUAAUUAUCUGAGUCGAAUUCACAGAGAUGAAGAUUUUCAGUUUGUAUUAAAAGGUAUUACAAGAUUAUUAAAUAAUCCAUUAAUGCAGACGUAUUUGCCAAAUUCAACUAAGAAAGUACAUUUCCACCAAGAAUUAUUGGUACUUUUUUGGAAAAUGUGUGACUAUAAUAAGAAAUUUUUAUACUAUGUACUAAAAAGUUCAGAUGUUCUUGAAGUACUAGUACCUAUAUUGUAUCAUUUAAAUGAUUCGCGUGCAGAUCAAUCUCGUGUUGGAUUAAUGCAUAUAGGCGUAUUUAUUUUACUACUAUUGAGUGGAGAACGUAAUUUCGGUGUUAGAUUAAAUAAACCAUAUACGGCUACUGUACCUAUGGAUAUUCCCGUUUUUACAGGUACACAUGCUGAUUUGUUGGUCACUGUAUUUCACAAGAUAAUCACAACUGGACACCAAAGAUUACAACCAUUAUUUGAUUGUUUACUAACAAUUCUAGUCAAUGUGUCUCCAUACCUUAAAACUCUAUCAAUGGUGGCUAGUACUAAGCUAUUACAUUUACUUGAAGCAUUUAGUACUCCUUGGUUUUUAUUUUCAGCACCUACCAAUCAUCAUUUGGUAUUUUUUCUUUUGGAAAUCUUUAACAAUAUCAUUCAGUAUCAAUUUGAUGGAAAUAGUAACUUGGUUUAUACUAUAAUACGUAAAAGGCAAGUGUUUCAUGCAUUAGCAAAUUUACCAAGUGACUGUAAUACAAUCGCAAAAUCUCUCAGUAAAAGACAACGACGACAUGUACCCGCUAGUACAUCUAAUGAAAAUGUCAAUGAAGCAGCAAUGGAAGGUUCACAUCCUGCACAACCUGCAGAACCUGGAACUUUGAAAGCAACCUUAUUAGAAACACCAGGUAUUGAAAAAAUGACUGAGAAGGAGUCUGCACAUCCAUUAAGUCCUUCAGUAAAUAUUGAUGUAGGAAAACCUAAUCAUCAAAAUAACGUGAAUGCUGCAGAGGAUUUAAUGAAUUCUACUUCUAAAAGUUCUGUUAUACCGAAAGGCGGUAUCAGAGUGGCAGAACAUAUGAAUUCUUCUAAUAAUAUAAAUCAGUGGGUUCCUUCUAGCGAAUGGGUAUAUCAAUGGAAAAGUAAACUUCCAUUACAAACUAUUAUGCGAUUGCUUCAAGUUCUCGUACCUCAAGUUGAAAAGAUAUGCAUUGAUAAGGGACUUACUGAUGAAAGCGAAAUUUUGAAAUUUCUGCAACAUGGUACAUUAGUUGGCUUAUUACCAGUACCACACCCUAUUCUUAUUAGAAGAUAUCAAGCAAACCCUGGAACAACUGCUUGGUUUAGAACAUAUAUGUGGGGCGUUAUAUAUAUAAGGAAUGUCGAACCACCGAUUUGGUAUGAUACUGAUGUAAAAUUAUUUGAAAUCCAAAGAGUUUAAACACGAUGCAUAUUAUUAAGUAAAUUAUUAUUAGCUUUAGCACUGAAAUUUCUAUAUUAUUCUUACAUGAGGUAUCAUUCCUUAAUAUAAAAGAAGAAAUUUCAGUGAUCUAUACUUACUAUAAAUUGCACCA